AUGGGCCUGCGCAAACAGCCCCCACCGCGUCUGGAGAAUAUUAGCAAGUCCAGUGCUCGGCCGGACGCACGUUCGCCCAAAUCACCCAACUCUGCAUCCUCCCACCGCCCGACUCGUUUGAACCGAUUUCCUUCUGAGGACUCGAUCUAUUCCCCCGACCUUAACACUUCACCUGCGUUUGAUCUGAUGCCACUUGAAGAGGCGCAGCGGUCGCCGGUGGGGUCUCCCACCAGCCAGCCGCCGAACUCCUGGCCAGACAAUAACGGAAGGCCGGAUGACGGUCGCCCCGGUCAAUAUAAUCAGUUUGACGGAGCAGACAAGGAACCUGCAAAUACAAACGGGCACUGGGUUCCACCUACAUUUAUGGUAGGUCAACAACCAGGAGUGGCUGAGAAUGUGGGGCGGCCAACGUCCGACGCCGAUCAGGCUUUGACUGGAGAGCUACCGGUCCAGCUGCAGUCGAAUAAUCCAUUCUUGAAGCCCAGGCUGGAGCAUACUCAAGAUCUCUUGGAUCGCAAUGAGUGGGGGCGUGAUUCACAUGCAACUUCGAACAGUGACGCAUUGAGCCAAUCCGAAGGAUAUAUUCCGAUGACUGCGCGGCUUUCUCUUUUAGAUGAGCCGGAACAGGAAUCCCCUUGGGCCGAGGCUCCUCGUCCUGAUUCUCAUUCCGAGCAACGCCCGGUGUUAGACGGCCGUCACCUUGAUGAUAACUCACCGUGGGGGUCCCAACAGUCCAUCAAGGUCUCGGCCCCCCAAGAGGUCUACCUACAAGGAGUGCAGUCUAAUCCAUAUGUCCCUGCGGUUGCUGUGCAGCCGUCUGAGUCUUCUGAUGGGCAAAACUAUGCCCAUGCACCAUAUAAACCUUCAUCUAAUUCAGGGAGGCUUGGAUCGGAUGCUGAAAUAAACACUCCGUCUGUUGCUCUCUCCAGUCGAACCUCUGCCACAUCUCAUGAACUAAUCGAUUUGGGUGUGUUUGGUGCAACUGGCAAUCUAGGGGCCGAGACUGGUUCCCAUGCUGCGUCUUCGAUGUACUCAGAACCAGCCGCGAACGGAGCAAAAUCAUUGUCAGAAAAACAAGAUCUCACAUCUUCCGUUGUUCAACAGCCACAACAAUUCAAAGCAAGCCCCGUGCUAUCUGCUGCAGAAGCUGCACGACAAAGGGAACAAAGAUCAGAGACCUAUACCAUUCGACAAAUUCGAUGGACCGAUCAAAGCGGUCAAUUGCUGGAGUCCCCGAUCUUGGUCCAAAAUCAAAACGGACCCUGUCCACUACUGGCGCUUAUAAAUGCAUUGGUGCUGCGAGCGAACCCCAAUACUCACCCACCAAUCGUUAGAGCUCUGUCAACCCGCGAGCAAAUUUCUCUGGGUCUGCUAAUCGAGGCGAUGUUCGAAGAGCUGACAACAUGUCUGGGCCCCGAUGAGGAGUUCCCUGACAUCGAGGCCCUCACCCAGUUUCUGACAAUGCUGCAUACGGGCAUGAAUGUCAACCCACGUUUGACAAUGGAUUCUCCUGAAGGAUUUGGCACUUUCCUCGAGACCAGUGAUCUUCGACUGUACAGCACGUUUGGUAUACCAUUGAUCCAUGGCUGGCUAGCCUCUUGGUCCAGUCCUACUCAUGCUGCGAUGUCACGCACUGCUCAGUAUUACGAGGAUAUUCAAAUGCUGCCUUUCCGCAGACAGGAGUUUGAAGAACGGGUGACGCGAGGCGAGGCACUUGAAUCUGAGGAAGAGAAUAUCAUGGCGGAUAUUCAAAUCAUCCAGCGGUUUGUGGAAAUUGAGAAUGCGACACAAUUAAGCCCAUUUGGCUUGACACAGCUCUCGACUAAACUUGCGCCCGGAUCUGUCUCCAUUCUUUUCCGCAACGACCAUUUCUCGACUCUAUAUAAGCACCCGCAAUCCCACCAACUCUAUACUUUGGUCACCGAUGCUGGCUAUGCGGGUCAUGCGGAGGUAGUUUGGGAAUCUCUAGUCGAUGUGACUGGGUUCAACACAGAAUAUUACUCAGGUGACUUUCGCCCCGUGGGCGCUGGUCCUUCGGCCCCAUCCAGUGCUAGUCCCGCGGUCCCCCAAAUAUCUAAUGAGCCAGCCACGCAUCCUCCAAAUGCAGACGAAGAAACCAAAUCGCCCGAGCCGACUCAAGAACAGAGUGAUGCAGACUAUGCAUAUGCGCUCUCACUUCAGUUCCAAGAAGAAGAGCGACGUGAAAAUGCUAGAAUCGAGCAGGCUCGUGACCGUCGCACGUCUGCCCCGAUUAAUUCUUCCAAUCGACCAUCGCCUUCGCCUCGGCUGAGCAAUGUACCGAAUCGAUCUUCGAGCAUUGCCAAUGUAGUUGGUUCUCAGCCUAGACCUCAGCCACAACAUGGGCCCGACCAUGAGGACCCAAACGCUCCUCCUCCUCCCUAUGAACAAGCUGCUAGCGGGCCGCGCUAUUCGCCCCCUGACAGAAGGCCAUACGGCGGUGCCACAGGAAAUCAGUACCCCGGCAACCGGAAUUCGCGGAAUCGAACCCCACAGUAUUCUCACCGAUCACGCCCGUCUGUACGUACAGGGGACCAUAACAUAAUGGAGACAGAACGGAACAAAGAAUGCAUAGUGAUGUGA